GUCGGCAGCGUAAAACGCAACCAUAUAUUAUUUACCGGCGGAUACGCUAGUGUGCGUCACUCCAAAUAUCGAAGCGUUCGACUCAGCUGUUUCCCGCCACCCAGAAUUCUCAGAAACCAACUGAGAGCCAUCAUACCGUGUUGUGCGUUCGGUUCGCUCGCUCGCUCAGAGGACGCUCGUCCGUUUCGUGCUUGUUUUUCUGGUGAGCUGCUAACAGCUACUACGCGCAUUUGCGUCCGGUCGACGAGAAAAGUAAAAGUAAUCAUUUAUCAGCGCUGUGUGGCGUAUGGUAAAUGCGUCGCGUUCGCGUAUCCUUAAGCUGCUGGGCAGAAGUGUGUGUGGAGUGUGAAAGUGAAAAGCGCAUUCUACGGUGGCCUAAUUUAAUGUUUUGAUUCAGUGUUUGAAGAUAAGAGUGCAGACAGAAAGUAAAAGAAGAAAAACCUUACUGCAAAACAAUUGUUUAACGGCAUUGUGUGUUUGAAGUGAAAAAGGCAUGGUAUCCGCUCGGUUUUGCAACCGGUGCAAGCAUAAAGGCAGUGUGCUGUGACGCAAAACCGUCGUCUAUAUGCUGGUUUGGCGAGCAUCGCGCCACGGAUGAUGUCGUUGGUGGACGUUUGGAAAAGAAACGAAGAAUCUCAAACGCAAAGUGAGCACAAUAAAUUUCAAACCCAGUACCCAGCAAACCAUAUGCAACUGGACACGAUGCAGGAUAUCAUAUGUGAGGAAGAUACAGUGAGAUAUGUUCGCUUAAAAAGUGAAGAAAACGGCAGUGCUGGGAAUAACAACAAUAACAACAUCAACAACAACAAUAACAACAACGGCAUAAAUAGCUCUUCGUCGAGUAGUAGCAACGGUAACAAUAUACCAAUGGAUAAGGACGAAAAGCGAAUGCGUCGCGAAAUCGCGAACAGCAACGAAAGACGUCGGAUGCAGAGCAUCAAUGCCGGAUUUCAGAGUCUCCGACAAAUGCUACCACACCACGAGGGCGAAAAGUUAAGCAAGGCCGCAAUCUUACAACAAACAGCUGAAUAUAUUUAUUCACUAGAGCAAGAAAAGACUCGUUUGCUAUCGCAAAACUGUCAGUUAAAGCGAACAAUUGAUCAACAAGAUCACAAUGGAACCCCAGAUGUAUCGCAGAGUACGACACAAAUUGUUCCAGGCAGCACAGCAAACGGUGGUGUAGUGAUCUCCCAACAGCAACAGCUGGUGACAAAUGCUGGCGGAAACGGUCAGCCCGGAGCUAUAGUGGCGACUGUUGCCAAAAAGCGUAAAAUCGAUACGAACGUUGCCGUGCAACCUGUAUCGGAUUCAUCGGACGAGGGAUUAGGGUCAAUGUCGCCGGAACCGGUAUCGUUACGCGGUGUAAGUGUUACCUCGAACGGAAGUAACUUAUCUAACGCGCACUCAGGCACGACAACGAUCUCCAGCCCGUCUACUCAGGGAAGACAGUGCACAACGGUAAACUUUUCCGUGAAAGACUAUUUGGAAUUGAAACAUCAGCUUGAGGUAGAACGACGACAAAAAAUGAUAAUUGAGGAACAAUUGAAGGCACUAGAACGACAAAUCUACCCAACUAGGAUACAGUAUCAAGAAUCAUCGGAACUAAUCGUGCCCGACAUCAUUAAUGAGUCAUCGCCAGCCACACAUCCCCCGGAGGACGUUGCUGUUUCGAUAAUUCACAAACCAGCCAGCAGUGGGGCUACUACCGCGGUUUCUGGCAAGCUAGCCCGAGUUCCUGCCGAAUUGGAAAGUGGUAUCCAGGUGAUUUCCUUAGAUUCGAGCAGCUUGGGAAAGAAUCAACAUGUUGUAGUAUGCUCUAGUGAGCUGAUAGAAGAAGCACUUACCAUGCAGACGGUACCAGCCGCAUCUAAACCAGUGGUUAUGCCAGUAAAGGAGGAGAAAAUAUACAUCAAACGCUCACGAUCUCGAUCGCCAACGAUAGGAGAGGCAACGGUGGUAACGCUGCCGCCGAAGAAAAACCGCUACCCUUCAAUAUUAGAGGCGGCUAUUAAAGCUGAGCCGAAGGUGGAAGUUGAGCGAAUCGAUUCACCUUCUUCGAUUGUGGUCAACGACGAACAGAUGAUGGUGUCAACGACUGGUGCGCACCUCGUCGGAACUAGCGCCAGUUUGUCUAAUGUUCAGCAACCUCGACUCAAUUGUAACUACCGUCAUAACCUCGAAACCAUAGUUGAAGCUAUUCGACAUCUCGAAGGUGACGCGUUUGAUGCAGUUGUACCAACCCAACAGCAGCAGCAACAGCAACAACCGUCGUUACAUCAACCAGUACAACAACCUCAACCUCAACCCACACAACCUCCAAUAGCAACAUCCCAAUCGACUAUACAACAGCGACCUAUGCAGGAAGUUCCGCUGGCUUUGACUACAGUGAGUAAGCAACAAACUUCGGUAAUGCAAUCGAAAACUGAGCGUGAUCAUCGUCAAAGCCAGUUAGAACCGUACCUGAAGUUUCGAACAGCGCCCAUCGUAAGUGCGGGUGCGGUGCACGCGUCCGCCAACACUGCUAACUCGACUGGUACUGCCUCCAAUGUCGUAACGGUGACGCCACAGAUCGGGUCAAUCAUUUCCGUAUCGAUCGCACCAUCCGGAAGUAAUGGGCUGAGUGCCGGAUCCAGUAGUCAUUCACCUGCCGCUGCAGCAUCUUCGACGACAACGAGUACAAUCGUGGCGAACAGUUCGGUCGUGUCAGCGAACAUGCCGCAACAGCAGCCCCUACCGAAUACGCUCACCACGGCAGCCCAGAUCCUGCAACAGCAGCAGCAGUGCAGACCGGGUGUAAUAGUAGUGAAGCAAAACUCAUGAUCCGUUACUACUGCGUCAGCGAUCGUUAGUAACUGUAGCAAUAACAGUGGUAGCCAUAGCAGCUCAACCGUUGCCCCGUCCUCAUCCAGCACCAUCGCAUUGUUUUCGACCACGGCUAGUUACAUGGGAAGUAAUAGUAUCAAGAGCAAAGCUACCCCGCUGUUAGUUAGCGUAGGAAGCGGCAAUGUUAGUAAGCUAAAGUAUGCGAACAACAACGGCGGUAGUAGUAGCUUUGGUAGUGGCACUAAAACAACAGUAUCAAGCUCCAACAGUAUCAGCGGUGGUCAUCCUAACGUUGUUAUUACAUACCAGAAAUCAAUGGAUGGUGCUUGAACGAUUCUCCUAGUGAAAAAUGUCCCUGAUUUAUAUGAUUUGUUAAUUAUUUUAUUAGAUGUUAUAUGUUUUGGGAUUGCAUUAUUUUUACAACCUACUAUUUUGCUCGUCUUUAGCCACGUGCCGUAAUCUUAACUCACGAUCCCUGUGACGAGCCUCUACCUACUUACCCACCAUAUUGCGUAGGGUGUAGCGACAACAAAUCUGUAUUAUCCAUUAUGUGUGGAUUGGUUUGAAAACACAAUGACACACUCGGUUUGCUUUAUUACUUGGCAUGGACAGCAUCAUUCUAUACAACAUUUUAGGGUAAGGUAAUCCUCAAAGCGAGACCUAAGGCAAGAGCAAUUUUUCUUGCUUAUUUAAUUUUAAGUAUACACUGAACAAUGCAUACAGUAAGAUUUGAUUUAAGAAUAAGUUAAGACGGUAAAGAAAUGGUUAAGGAAUUAACGCUAUUAAUAGAAACGUGUAAGGAUAUAGAGUUUUUUAGGCGAUAAUAUCUUCGAUGAAUGAUAUCAAAAGUAAUAAAUAUGUGAAAUAUGCAAAUAUGCGCAAAUGUAGCAGCAGUGUGUGUGUGCAGUACAUCAAUUUACGGAGCAUAGUAAUGGACGAUGAUAGUUCGUGUUGUGCGUGUUAAGCUCAAUGAAAUCAUGUUGUAGCGCAACUCACUGACUCAUUGAUAAGAUGAACGAAGUAAUGAUUCAAUUCCAUGGGACAACAUUAAUGCGAAUCGAAGCGUUGACUUAAAGGAGCAAUGAAGAAGGAAAACGAUUAAGUAUGAAAUAAUAGGAAGUAGAAUAUGUCAGUCGUGUUUGCGAAACAGCUAAACCGUAGAAGUAAGGACAUACUACAAUUCUUUACAUGUAUUCUUUAUUGUCCACAUUCAUAUAUAGGGUAAUGGUAGUUUAGGGGUUUCAUCUGCAUUUGUUUACUUUUAAGGGCAUCAGCAUAACUAUACCGGGAAUGAAAUAUAACUGUCAUUAUUGAUUAGUCUUCAUAGCACUUAACUGGAUUAACGGUUCCAACAUAAUUAAGGUGUAUUAUUGCAUUGAGAUGAUAUCGCGGAUAGGAUACCAUUUGAGCAAUGAUGCAAACUCCUCUGGUUUAUGACGAUCCAAUACUUGAAUUGAUGGUGAUACUUCAAAAUUUGAAAAAAAACAAAAAUAGAUGAAUGAAGAUGCGAGUGUGUAAAAAAUCGAAUUUUGAAGGUGUUCGUUCGAUGUACAUCUUAGUAAUGUUCGAAUAAUACGUAAUGAAGCGUAAGAUUAGCAGGGGACAGUCACUAUUUAAAAUGGUAAAAAUUGAAGAACGAAAGUGUUCAAUGCACAGCAAUGAAUAUGGAUUGCAAGCAGUGGAUGGGGCUUGAACAAUUGAAGCUUCGCUAAAUUCAUCCGCUCACACUAUGGAGCUGUUGUGCAUUUUUAUGAAGAAUUUCAGAUCGGACACAUUGAGGUCGUUAGAUAUUCGACCAUUGAUUCUUCAAUGUUUAUGAAAAUAGGGAUGACAUUGAAUCGAUGUGGCGAAUGUUUACCAAUGUGCGUUUUGUUUGAAAUUGUUUUGAGAAUUUACUUUACCUUUUGUUUGUACUCAUUCACAGAUCGUUGGUGCUUAGCUGAAAAAAACGUAGAAUAGGGCUAGUUGACAAAACAUUUAAUAACAAUUUGCCUUUUUUAUUGUCAAAUUGGGUUUGUGUAUGUUGUUUUCUACUCCCGCUCCUAAAAGAAACUUUAUGAACACGAGAACCUGCACCAUCCCCCUAUGAAACAUUAAUAUUUAUUCGAAUGAUGUAUUGAAAAAAAAUGCUAAAAUGAUGUUUAAAGGGCAUAUACAAACAUAUUGCCUCCUGCACAUCUAUACAAGCUUUAUUACCGAACUUUUCCAACACAUUACACGAUAAGUAUGGUGGAAAGCGUCCAAAAGAAUAUGUUGAAUAUAAUUCGCACAAUUUCACUUGGAUUUUCCACCCUAUGUUCGCAGUGUCAGGUAAUAAGGCUCCAGCAGCAAAUACAAAUGAAUUAAUUUGGGCGUGUAAACUAUGUGAUCUUUUUUUUUGUUUUAAAUUAGAUUCACCUAAUUUCUGUUUGAAUGGUAUCUAGUUUUACUGUUUAAACGUUUUAGUUAUUAAAUUCGUUUUGUUUGUUUAACAAUUAAAACAUCAUAAAUUGGAACUGAAACCCCCUAGCAGCAAAACUAAAUUUGAAAUAGAUAAAUUUUUUUAGGCAAAUGAAAGAGUGAACAGAAACCUCUCAAAACGCAUCAAUCGUAAGGUGAAACAAGUAGUCUUUUAAAUCAAUUGCGCUAGCAAAAUUUGCAGUCCAUCUUUAAUGAUCCAAGAGCGGAUGUGUAACGAGAAACAGAAACAACAUCUAAUUAUACCUCCUGCAUGGUGUCAGAAGCAUGGAGGGGUGUGUGUUUUCCUUCUUUUUGUUCUUGUGUCAAGUCUUGUGAGCUUAUUAAUUAUAGGAACAGAUUAUUUGGUUUUAUCAUUUGCUUAUCACUACUGUUUGCUCCAAUGCAAAAUGCAACAUAACACUAAUAGUGUGUGUAAGUGUGGCAAAACUUAGCUAGUUUUAUGUUUGUUUGUGUACUGCUUAGUAUUAAGACUGAUUAUCAAUAAACCAGACGAAACAUUUAAUACAGAAAAACAAACAAGGAAUAUCUGCACGUCAUCCAAAUUGAAGGGGAACUCUAAAUAGGUAAUCCAAAUGGAUAUCAAACAGUGUUGAUGUGCAUUCGAUUCAGCUAAGCGUAAACUCAAACAACAGACCGACAUCACCAUUCCGAGUUGAUGGUGAAUAGCGUACAGUGAAUUGGUGGGGCUACACCCAGAUAAGUCGCGUUAAGAAAGGCAUUUUUUUCUAUUUGCCGCGUUCCUCGCGUUAAAUGUGCAUUUUUAAAGUAAGCAAAACGGAUUUAUUUUAUCCCAAAACACAAUCUCCUCGCUGCCGGAACGAGAAUAGUUUAAAAUCGCACUUACACAGCACAUUUUGCAAUAUUCGAUGUAUAAUCUGGCGUAACGGCAAAUUCAAGCGAUUGACAAAGUUACACAUACAACGCCACACACACACUAAAGCAUGGAAAUUUAUUUCAACUACUUGUGCAAAUGUCUCAUUUUUUCCCUUUUGAAUAAUCUGUAUAAUAAUAAUAAUAAUAAACUCACAAGACGAGGUAACUGAAGCAAACAAGCAACAAACAGAAUAUGCAACUAAAUUGUAGCUAGUAAGUGUAUAAUCUAUACUAUUAAUAUAAAAAUUAAAAAAAAAAAGAAAAAUUCACAAUCCUUAGAAAUGAUACAGCGGAGAGGGAAAUUGUGCAACCAACCAAGUGUACUGCUAAAUGGGGCAUGUGUGUAGUAGAAUGGCGAGAUUAAGGACGAACUAAUCAACAGAAGUCGAAGAAAAUGUUCAAGCAAUCUAAACCAUGUGCUCCAUAGGGCCUACUGGGGGGUAGCUCAAUUAAUAGCUUUCCUCUGCCUAUCAUUCCAGUAAGGGUAUGUUGAGCUAAAAUAUAGGGAAUCGAUCGGGCUAAAUAUGAUUUAGAGAGAUAGAGAAAAAUUGACAGAUAAAAAAAGAGAGAGAAAGAGAAAGAGAGUGCGAGAAAGAAACAAAUGAAAAAGAGAGAAAAAGAGGGAGACGCAAAAAGAAACAAACACAAAAGUCAGACGAGGCAGUCAAACAGAGAGAGAGAGAGAGAGAGAAAUGCGAAAAGCAUUAGGUGGUAAAAGUAGUAAAAGAAAGAAAAGAAAAAAGGAAAAAAACUAGUAAUGAUUUGCUUUUGAUAACAAACAAUGGUAAAAAGAAAGAUAGAGAGAGAAAGAGCGAGAGAGAGUUUGUAAGAUCAGAUGAUGAAAAACAAAACUAAGGUAACAUAAACUAUUCAAACCUAACACCCAAACACACAAACACAAACAAACGUACACGUUAAUAAUUGCAAACUCGUAACAUAGUAUGGAAAACAAAUAACGGAAGUGUGGAAAAUUAAAACUGCCCAUGAAAUGCCUGAAUUCUAAUCCUCCAGAACCAGUUUUAUCGAUGGAAAGAUGAAAUAGUUACAGCGCAAAGAUAAGAUAUGCAUGCUUUGACACGUUUGAAUGUCGGCAUUGAAUUUAAACCACACACAGUCGAAGAAGAAGAACGCACUGUGCAGCUCUCGGGAAGAUCUCGGCGCUAACGGUAGUAGAAGAUAGUACGAGCAUCCGUUGGGAGAAUAUAACGACGCAUGCAUCAAAAUGCAGGACAACAUUUGCCACAGCCAUGAAAUAGAGAAGAAAGAAGAACAAAAAGAAAUACUCAAAGCAACAAAAAAAAGGAACGAAGGCAUGUAGGCACGGCGCAUCGAACACAGGGGUUAACAAUUAAGCAAAAAUUUGUCAAACUGAAAUGAAUUUCCUAUGUUACCAAGUUUUUUUUGUCUAAAUUCGCAACAUAAACCAAACUUGUUUUUGCUCAUCUUUCGCAUUGUAUUGUAAAUGGCACGUGCGUAAGAUUUGUUUGCGCAUAACCGGCCAUAUGUUCUGUUCAAUCAAGGAAAUGCGUAAUGGUUCGAUGUUUUUGUACAUUCUAGUUUCCCACUGCUUGUGUCUGUAUGGGAGCAGUAACGAAAAAGGAUGCCUUUUUUUUUGAUAAUUUCAAACCAGAUCCAAAUUCAUCUAACUACUCGACUUAUGCCGUGCUCUAAAUCAAGAAAAUUAAGAUAAAAAAGCAAUUUAUAUAAGUAUACACUACUGUAUCUCCAAUACAGUAAAACAAACACAUGCUUUGUGUAUAUAGAGUAUGAGAAAGUUUAUACGUAAAUAUGUUUACAUAUUUAUCUAUAUGCUUAUGUAUAUGCACACACACACAAAAUAGGUUCUAAAACAUUGUGUUGUUUUAGGCCACUCAUCAUCAUAAUACGUCAAACCCAUUCUCUUGCUGAUGCCAUUUCGAUCGGGCGUGAACAAGCAUGGGAGGUAAUUUCUGUGAAAUUAUUACGUUCUUUACUAGAUAUCGUUUGUUGUGUGUGUGAGUUUGUGUAAACCUAAAAAUUAAAAAAAAUUACAUCAAAAAAAUGGAUUCCAGAAAUUUGAUUAAAUUUUAAAUGAUGAGUCCGUAGAAAACAGAAAAUUGUUUGUUUUCCUAAAAAUUAACCUGUUUGUUUGGUUGAAAUAAAAGGCAAAGAAAAAAGGUUUUGCUCUAAAUGCUGCAUGCAAAACCGUAAUAGCAAUAUUUUUGUCGAUGGAAGUAUUUUCUUUUCUUUGUUUUUUUUUUGAAAGAGCAUACAGUUUGGCUUAUUAUAAAAAUAUCCAUUUUGGCUUACCUUAAAUAAAAGACUGGAAAGAUAAAUUUUAGUUUGACAUACAUGUACAACCAUCAGAGUGAAUCGGUGUAUAGGAACAAGAACCAUGCAACAUGCCACAACACAACAGACAGACACCACAACCUCAGUAUAAUUUCGAUUGAACUUUGGCACCGAUAGUGUACUAAGAGUGAGUCAUACUGUGUACAGUUCGAGCAGAAGUGUUGGUGGAUUUGUUUGAUUGCAAAAAGAAAAAGCUACUACGCGUAUACUACCGAUGUACUAUUCAUUGCGCGAAAUGUUUGUAACAGCAGCUAACACGCACAGCUCUUCUAAUUCAUCAAACGUGAACGGCGGAAAGUGACUAUGUUUACGCAGAGAAGGAAGUAAGGUGCAACAGUAGGCCUAGCAGCUUCUACAUUCAAACGUUGCUAGGGACAUACUAUGGUGUGAUACAAGUGAAUCUGCUUAUCUGGGUUGUGGAGUAAAAAACAAAAAAAAAUCAAGAAACAAACAAGAAAUGAAUAAAUCAGUCUAAUCGUUUACUACUUCUAGCUGUUUGAACAACUCUUCCGUAUAAUAUAUUCUUGCGAACUGUUUAAGCCAAAAAUUAUAAGAAGAAGAAAAAAAGAUUACAAAUAAUUAAAAUCAAUGCAAAAACACGCUAAAAGACGUAAAGGGACUAUAACCUGUUUCUGAAAACAGUGACAGCACGAUAAGGGAUAGGGCAAAGGAAGCAAAGGCUAGAGUGUAGAGGAAGCAAAUAGAAUUAGAACGACGGUAUAAGUUCGUUAUUGUUUUGCACCACGAGAGCAAUUGUUAUGGCGGGCUAUUAUUUUUAUAUUAUUUGUGUUACAUUAAUAUGUUUCGGUUCAAUUCUUUGAGCGGCCCGUCAUAAUACUAAUCCUUUGUUUGAAAGUUGCAACAAAGAAAAGCAAACAAAACACGCCCACACACCACCAUGUUUGAGGUAAGGUCUUCAUUUAAUUGGUAAUGCAUCUAGACAUUUAGUAUUUUUGUAUAUUUGUAAAGAAAACGAAAAAAUUGUUCCUUUUUUUAAAUCUACGUACAGAGAUUUAAAAUUUAUGUAAGCAUAACGAAGCGAAAUAUUGACAGGCAAAAGCAUUAGCAAAACGCAAUCGGGAGAUGCUACACAAUCGAAAUGAGAAAAGAAGAAAAAAAAAGAAGAUGAACGCCACGUGACAUAUAUCAAGCAAAAUUAACCAUUUCAACCUACGUAAUAUAACAGGAUCGAACACAUAAACACACCCAACAAGGCAAUGGAAGUAAAUGACACCUCAUUCGAUCUAUUAUUUAUAUAUGCUUUUAUUAGAGAGAAUGGGGGUUGAGUACGAAUGGACGCAAAACACAACAUGAAAAUCCAAGUAAUAUAGUAAGGCAAACGCGUUUGCUCUCCCACACUUUUAAUUCAGUUUUAAUGUAUCGAAUGGCGAAACGGAUGAGUUGCUGCGAGUUUCCGUUGAAGGAACUUUCCUUUAGUACGUUAGAGGGAUAAGCUUUUACUAAACUUUUUUUUUUUAAUUUACGGUAGUAACAUUAUUUUGGAAUGUUUCUUCACACUUCUUUGAUGAUAAAGAGAAAUAUAUAAGCUUAAGAGUAUGUUUAAAAUGUA